ACGCAUAUAAAUUAGAAGAACCGUUCCCGCAUCUUUCGCCAGCGUGCAAUUUCCCUCCAUUUGGUUCAACUUCCUCUGUUUUCCAUUUCUGCUGUUUCUUCAUUCCUCAUUCUAAUCUGGCUGGAAUCUCGAUCCUUUCAUUUCCUUUCAAUUCUCUCCUCGCUAUCGGUUUCUCUUCCUCGGAAAGCCCUCCUGCAUCAUUCCGCCUCUGUUUUUAUCUGUUUUCUGCUUUCUGAAUCCAGGGUUCCGCAGGUGAUGCAGUCUCAUGAUAUAGCAAUUGUCUGCGUUCGGUGAGACAAGAAACUUAACUAUUUCCACAUCAUGAUGAAGCCAUGAUAUGUUCUUCUACUAGUCUUUCAUGAAUUGAUGAGGAUGAAAACGUUGCUGCAAUGAAAUGAGUAAACUAUUGCAGCGUUUUUGUCUAUACGUAAUGGGAGAAAUUUUUAGGGUCUCCACAAGUUCUAAAAUUGAUUGGACAAAAGUAUGUCUUCUUAGCGCCAUUUUGACAGUUGGUGGCAUUGGACUUCAAAUGUUGAUACUUCCUUAUCCAUUGCACACCUGGUUCAAUCCACCAGCAACGGUUACAUUAUAUGGAUCCAUAAAGGAAUCCAAUAUGCAGUUGAGUGAGACCCACCAUUAUAGUACUAAAGAGUUCCAAUUGAUACCAUCCAGCUCUGUUAUCUCACAUAAUGCUUCCGAUCGAGUGAUUCAAUCAGUAUCAGUGAAUAGAGAGAGAGAGACAGCUCCUAAAAGAAUAAAAUCAUCUAGAAGAAGGAAGCAUGCCAAAUUGAAAGAGAAGCCAAUUGUUAUGCCUCCUCCUCCCCCACCCAGGAGACCGCCCACUGCAUUGGAGAGAUAUGUUUGGUCCUUGAAGCCUGUGGAAGCACUCGCCUAUGCAAAGGAGGAGAUUAAGCAUGCUCCAGCAGUUAUAGAUGAUGCUGAUCUCUAUUCCCCUUUGUUCUUGAAUGUAUCUAUUUUCAAAAGGAGUUAUGAACUGAUGGAAUUGAUACUCAAAGUCUACAUUUACCGAGAUGGAUCUAGACCAAUCUUUCAUACUCCCCAUCUGAGAGGAAUUUAUGCUUCUGAAGGUUGGUUUAUGAAGUUCAUGGAGGAAAACAGGCAGUUCGUCACCAAGGACCCAGAAAAGGCCCACUUAUUUUAUCUUGCAUAUAGUUCACGCCAGCUGCAAACGGCUCUUUAUGUGCCUGAUUCUCAUAAUAUGAAACCAUUGUCAAUAUACCUGAGGAACCAUGUGAAUUGGAUUGCUGGAAAAUAUCCAUUUUGGAACCGCACACAAGGGUCUGAUCAUUUCCUUGUUGCUUGCCAUGAUUGGGGCCCUUACACUGUCAAUGAACAUGAAGAACUAAGCCAGAACACCAUAAAAGCUUUAUGCAAUGCUGACCUCUCAGAAGGAAUCUUCAAAAUGGGCAAGGAUAUUUCCUUGCCAGAAACAACUAUAAGGACACCUAGGAAGCCUCUUAGGAAUGUUGGUGGGAAAAGGGUAUCACAGCGUCCAAUUCUUGCCUUCUUUGCCGGGAACAUGCAUGGGAGAGUCCGUCCAAUACUUCUGAGGCAUUGGAGUGACAAAGAUGACGAUAUUAGAGUUUAUGGACCUUUGCCACUUAGAGUCUCCCGUAAGAUGACAUACAUACAACACAUGAAGUCAAGCAAAUACUGCAUAUGCCCAAUGGGAUAUGAAGUGAACAGCCCAAGGAUAAUCGAGGCCAUUUAUUAUGAAUGUGUUCCAGUGAUUAUUGCUGAUAAUUUUGUGCUUCCUUUUAGUGAAGUGCUUAACUGGAGCGAGUUCUCUGUGGUUGUGGCAGAAAAGGAUAUUCCCAAGCUGAAGGAGAUCCUAUUGGCUAUCCCACUGAAGAGAUAUCUUACUAUGCAGAUAAAUGUGAAGAUGGUUCAGAAGCACUUUCUUUGGAACCCAAAACCCCUCAAAUAUGAUCUGUUCCACAUGGUUCUGCACUCAGUUUGGUUUAGUAGACUAAAUCGGUUCCAAAUCCCAGAGACAUAAUAUAAUACCUUUUGGACCUGCUGAUUUGAAUGAAGAACUUCCUGGAUAGAACAUAAAGUCUUUACAGGGUUGGAGUAAUUUGUUGUACAGUGGGAUGAAAGUUGUUGCCUCCAUAUAUCUUUAUCAUGAUAGUAGAUGCAACCACCUAAUGGAAAGAAAUGGCAACUUUGGAGUCCAUGGAAGCAGGUAUGUCAUGGAUAGCACUUCCUAGUAGUCCAUAGAUUGGGAGUUUCUCAAACUUCAUAAAUUUUAGGGAAUAGUGAAGUUGUGUGUUCCAUCUCCAUGGCAGGAAAAGGGGAUUUUGCUGCUUGAUAUGUAAAUGCUGCAGCACACAGAAAACUUUAUAUUGUUGAAGGCAAUUACACAACGCCAUACGCUAGUCCAAAGUAGAACUUGUAAGUGAGGAUUCUCUUGGUGAAUAAAUUUGAAAGAACAAAUUAUUGUAUAUUGUAUCAGCUGGUGCAGUAAAUUAUCGUAGGUAAUUCUCUUGGUGAAUAAAUUUGAAAGAACAAUUGUUGUAAAUUGGAUAUAUUGGUGCAAUAAAUAAAAUAAAUGCUAAAA